GAGCACUUCUUCCGGGUUGCGGACGGAAGUGGUCGAAUUUGAAUCGUGCAGGCCGUUGGCUGAGGAUGCUCGCGGUUGACGCUGCGCGAGAACUGAAGUGACACGGCAGUUCUGGAACUUCUGCUCCGCGCUCCUUGGGCUUUUUGAUGGAAGCAAGUUACUAAGCACAGUCACAAUCAAGAAGAGGGAAAUCAAGCUCCACCUUUUUAAGAGGGAGGAGAAACUCACUAUAUCACUAACUGAUGAAGUGAAGGACAUUUUAAAAUUCAUGUACUGGAAGGGGAAAAAAUGAUAAAACCAACUAAGAAUAUCAAAAGUAGGAUAUUUCAGAAUGUUUCUUCAUGUCCCUUUCCAGUCAUUUCCCCACCUGAGAGGUGAAGUACUGUUGUCGUGUGAUUUUUCGAACUUUCUGCAAUAAAUUCUUAGUAAAAUGAAUGAAAAUAAACCUGAUGGUUCACAGACUCUCGCUUGUGUUUUCUGUCGAAAAAAUGAUGACUGUCCUAAUAAAUAUGGAGAAAAGAAAACUAAUGAGAAAUGGAAUCUCACUGUACAUUACUAUUGUUUGUUGAUGUCAAGUGGAAUUUGGCAAAGAGGUAAAGAAGAAGAAGGAGUUUAUGGUUUUCUAAUAGAAGACAUCAGGAAAGAAGUGAAUAGAGCUUCUAAACUGAAAUGCUGUGUUUGCAAGAAAACUGGUGCUUCAAUUGGAUGUGUUGCACCUCGAUGUAAACGAAGUUAUCAUUUUCCUUGUGGACUUCAGAGAGAAUGUAUUUUCCAAUUCACUGGCAAUUUUGCGUCAUUUUGUUGGAACCAUCGACCUGUUCAAAUAGUUACACCUAAUAAUUAUAGAGACUCCUUACCAUGCACCAUUUGUUUGGAAUUUAUUGAGCCUAUUCCAACUUAUAGCAUAUUACGAAGUCCUUGUUGUAAGAAUGCUUGGUUUCAUAGAGACUGUUUGCAGGUUCAAGCGAUAAAUGCAGGAGUGUUUUUCUUUAGAUGUACAAUAUGCAAUAAUAGUGACAUAUUUCAGAAAGAGAUGUUGAGAAUGGGAAUUCAUAUUCCUGAAAAAGAUGCAUCUUGGGAAUUAGAGGAAAAUGCUUAUCAAGAGCUUCUGCAGCACUAUGAGCGUUGUGAUGUGCGGAGAUGUCGUUGCAAGGAAGGGCGAGACUAUAAUGCACCUAAUAGCAAAUGGGAAAUAAAGCGCUGUCAGUGUUGUGGUUCUAGUGGAACACAUUUAGCCUGUUCCUCACUACGAUCAUGGGAACAAAAUUGGGAGUGUUUGGAAUGUAGAGGUAUUCUCUACAAUUCAGGGAGUUUCCAAAAAGCCAAAAAACAUACGUUACCCAGCACUAAUAAUGUAGGAAUAAAUGAUUGUUUGUUGGAAGAGUCUUCACCUAAAUUACCCAGACAGUCACCUGGAGCCCAGGGUAGAGAUCUGCUGAGGCAAGGCAGCAAAUUUAGAAGAGACAUUUCAACAAUAAUUAUAGAGUUAGGAUUUCAAAUUAUAAAAAAAUCUAAAAGAUUAUAUAUCAACAAAGCUGAUAUCUGGAAUAGUGCCUUAGAUGGAUUCAGAAAUCAAAAGUUUAAUCCUUCGUACACAAUUGAAGUAGCAUAUGUUAAUGAAAAUGAUAAUUUUGGAAGAGAGCAUCCUGGAUCAAAGCAUGAAUUCCUAAGUCUUUUAAUGCAGCAUCUUGAGAACUCAGCAUUGUUUGAAGGGUCCUUGUCAAAGAACUUGUCCCUAAAUUCUCAAGCUCUGAAAGAGAAUCUUUACUAUGAAGCUGGCAAAAUGCUUGCCAUUUCUUUGGUUCAUGGUGGUCCCUCACCUGGUUUCUUUUCUAAAACAUUGUUUAACUGCCUUGUUUAUGGACCAGAAAAUACUGAACCAAUUUUAGAUGAUGUUUCAGACUUUGAUGUGGCACAAAUUAUAAUCAGGAUAAAUACUGCAACAAAUGUAGCUGACUUAAACUCAGUUAUGAGUGAAUACUAUAACUACUUCGAACUUAUUGGAUGUCUAAGGCUUAUAACAUCAUUAAGUGAUAAAUAUAUAUUGGCAAAAGACAUUCUUGUUUACCAUGUAAUUAAGAGAGUACAAGCACCUUUUGAGAGUUUUAAGCAGGGUCUGAAAACUCUUGGUGUUUUGGAGAAAAUUGAGACUUAUCCGGAAGCAUUUUAUGGCAUCUUUUGUCAUAAACCUGAGAAUCUUUCCGCAAAAAUCCUUAGUGAUCUUUUUACAGUACACGCAUUACCUGAUGCACAAGCUUUGGGGUUUUGGAACAGUUAUGUACAGGCCGUUGAGGAUGGUAAAACUGCAACAACAAUGGAAGAUAUUCUUAUUUUUGCAACUGGUUGCAAUUCUAUUCCACCUGCUGGAUUUAAACCUACUCCUUCAAUUGAGUGCCUUCAUGUGGAUUUUCCCGUUGGAAACAAAUGUAAUAACUGUUUAGCUCUUCCAAUCACCAAUACAUAUAAAGAAUUUCAAGAAAAAAUGGACUUUUCCAUAAGAAACACUCUAAGACUAGAAAAAGAAGAAAGUUCUCACAUUGAACACUAAGAUGUUUUGAACAAAGACAUCCUUCUUUAAAAGCUGCUCUUGAUACUUUUUGUUUCAGAAAUCUGUCCAUCAUCACUUUUGAACAAACUUGUCAGCUUCUUGGGCCAAUAAAAUUUAUGAUGUGAACAUAAAAGAAUGUUUUGGCCAUUUAAGCUAAAAAUUUUUUGUUAAGGUGAAAGUUGAUGUUUUUCUAUUAAUAUACAUGCUUCAUAAACUUCAAUAUAAAUACUUUUAGAAUGGCUGUACAGACUUCAAGUAUAGUAGCAUGGUAUAUAUAAGACAAAACGUAUACUCGCUGUUUUUGUAAAUCUGGAUUAGUAUUAGGAUGCCACAAUUAUUUCUCUAGCUUUAUGCAAUUUCCAAAUUAUUAUUUUAAAGUAUUAAAUAGAAAAGCUAAUUGAUAAAUCCUGUUACAUAAAUCAAAGACAUAUAUUCUGGGGUAUGGGUUAUAUGUAUCCUUUUCUAGGAUGGCAUGAAAUUCGUUGUUAAAAGUGUUUCUAGAUUAUUGAUUUAUAUUAAAAUAGACGUACACUGCAAUUAGAUUAUGCCUAAUGGGAAGUAUUACAUAAAAAUUUAUUACAUAAAUUGCACAAAUAUUCUACAAUCUAUGGACAUUCCAUAGUCUUAAAAACACUUUUGAGGUGGAUAAAAUAUAGUUGAAAAUACCUAAAAGUGUCUUCUUUAAAGCCUUGGCUUUAAUCAUAGGAUUUUUUCUUUUCGGUAUUAAACCACAUUAUGUCUGAUCCAUAAUUAUUUUAGGUAUCUGAUAUCUAUGAGUUGCCAUGUGAUAGGUUUGGCUAUUUGACAGUUAUUUAUUAUUGAGAUGGUUGUAAGAUAGGUAAGCUGGCACCAUUGCAUUAUAUAGCUAUCUUCUUUGCUCUUGAAAGGUAUCUGUUAUGAUAUAGGCAAUGUAGAAACAUGUAAGAAAGAAAUACAAAUAGAAUGAAAAAUCCACUCUGAUUUCACCAUGCAGAAUUUACUGUUUGUGUAUUUUUCUAUAAACUUGUUUCCUUUUUUAACUUUAUUAAUGUUACUAUAAGUUAAAGAAUACCUAAGUAACAAGAAACCACAUAAUAACAAUUUAAAGGUAUAUAGUCCCAUAGUCACACCCCCAGUUUAUACGCUUGCAAAAGAAGAAAUGAGAAAAGUCUAAUAUCCCUAAUCUAUUAGCAAAUAUAAAUGGGUUUUCUACCAAAGUAAAUCAUAUGAGAAGCUAAUUGCUUGGUCGUAACCACAUUUUUCUUGAUACAAAUGCAGGUAUCAGCUAUCAUAAUCUCAUUCUUCCCAAGAAACAUCCUUAAGUUAUUGAUAUUUUUAAAGAAAACAACAUAAUUGAUUUGGUACUGGCAAUAUAUCUCAAUUUCAAAGGCAAACUAAGACAUAAUCCUAGUGUAGUUUUCUUUUACUAACAGACUCAGCAAAUAAAAGUUUCACUUUCAUUUGAAGUUUUUAAGAACAUUAAGCAAGGGAUUCCUUUGUCUUGUGUUGAAUUUAGAUUAUUGAAAGUAAUUAAAGGGCCUGUAAUAUAAACCUCAAACUUGCCAUAUACCUUUUAUUCCAAAUAUGUUGAUAAAUUGGAUAUUUUAUUUCUUAACCUAUCUAGUUUUUAUAAAAUUUAAAAAGCCAUUAAACCAAUCCAAACCACAAAAGCUAAUUUAAGCUAUGUUGUGGCUAUUUGUAGUUUUUAUUAAUUUCCUUACCGUGGUUAAAUAAAGCUGAUGAGCACUCACUCGCUUUUUGGGUGGGGAGGGAUGGGACGGAGGCGUCAUGCUUGGUUUGGCUAUAAUUAAAAACAGUAUUUCAGUUCCUCUUUUCACUUAUUUUAUGGGUAGACAGGGCCUUAGGGAUUAGGUGGUAUAAAUAAUAAUUUAAGAUAUUCAUGUUUUAAAGUGAAGCAUAAAUAUUCAUAUCAAAAAAUAUUUUCUGGUUUUAAUGAUGUUGCAUUAGUAUGAUUUUUUGAGAUUAAUCUGUAUUGUCAGGACACAUCAGAGAAACCUGUAGGUUAUUUAUUUUCUGCAGUGUUACUAUGUCAAAUGGUAUUGUGAUUGUUCUUUUUCUUUUCAUUGUUAUAGCCAGUGCACAAUUCUUAGUGAUGCUGAUUUUAAAAAGGAAUCAUGCUAUAAACCUUUAUAAAUGGGUAUAUGUAUUUCUUAAAUAUUUCAAUCCUCUGAAUGCCGUAUGUUUCAAGCUUGUUUUUUAUUGCUCUCAGUAUCAAGAAAAACCUGAAAUUUGCCUAUCAUGCAUCUACUGUUAAUGGUGUUUAGUUAGUUUUAUAUUGUUUUUAAGUAGUUUUUAAACUUUUUGGAGUGUGAAGUUCAUCUGAAAGCCUAUUAUAAUUCUCUGCUAUUCUUAUAGUUGGCUGUUUUAAUAUUUAAGGUAAAGAUUCUUAAAAUAGCAUCAGAAAGUAGCUUAUGAUUUUGUAUUUUGUCAUAUUUAAUUUCUAUAUUAUGAAUAAGCCAUUUUUGUUUGGGUCAAGUAAAAAGCCUUCAUUUGAUUACUAACCUGAAAUCACUUUGGUCUCUACUUUAUACCAAAACUUUUUAUAAUUUUUUCCCCUAAUUGUAUGGAAGCUAGUGGAACUUUUGUACUCAAUGCUAAAUGCUAAGUAGAGUAUCAUACAUAAGUUUUCUCAGUGACUUCUUUUAGCAUUGUCAUUAUAAGAAAAUGAUUAGAACAAGAUUCUAUUUAUAAAUAUGUGAUCUUUAUAUGGUGAUUAUCACAUUUCAUUGUUAUUUUUAUAAUAAGCUAUUAAACUUGUUUUAUGUUUCAAGUAAUGCAAUAUAAAGCAUAAGAACACAUUGAAUGAUGGAUUACCCAAAUGUGUAUUACAUGUAGUUUAGGAAUAUUUGGAUUGCUUUUAAGAGACCCAGUUUGCAAGUUCUCAUUUUGACUUAUCUUUUUCAGUUGCCAAACAUAUUCCAAUACCUACUGUAUUGUGCUAGGUGAUAGUUUAUAUGUCAGCAUAUUUCCUCCCUUUUUUAAAGACAUCAGAUGUAGCCAAAAAAAAAAUGACAUUUAUAAUGAAGUUUUCUAAAUAAAUGUUUAUGCUACUAAAUGCAAAGUGCUUAUAUAAGUAUCCUACAAGUAACUUGUUAGGAUUUAAAAGAGUUAAGGUUCUGACAGUAUUAAAUAGAUACAAGAUCCUUUCCUCUCUACUUCUGAGAGAUCCUAUAAACAGCUGUUGGUUAACACCUAGGAACCUCUCUUGAAUGAGCUGUUCUCAGGUAUUCUGUGUUAAAAUUAUCUAUCCCUCAAUGUAAAAUAAUAGUUUGCCAGAAUAAAUUAUUUAAGCCAAAAAUCUGCAUAUGUAAUCAAUUAAAAGAGUAGAAUAAAUUAACUGACACUCUGAAGCCACAGUUUGUUUUAAUCAUUUUUGAUUCUAAUAAUCAAAUAUAACAAAUACCUUAGUCUCAGCCUUACAGACUGUCUACUGCCACUGUUUUUCUGUGGGGCAUAUUUCCUAUACAUUUAUUGCCCACACUAUGUGCACUCCUUCGUCAGGGCAGUUUUUAUUUCAUAUGUAUAUACCAUAUAUAUAUGUUAAUCAUUAUCUUAGCAUUUUAAUAUGACUCAUAGUCUUAGGAAGAAGUCUGUUGGAGUUGAAAUGUUUAGAUGAUAGAUUUGCAUUUGGAAGUAGAAGUAUCCAAAUAAACAACAUUUGGUUCUCAGAUGUUGGAAGGUGAGAAAGUAUAUAUUUUAUAUUCCAUGGAGACAAAAAUGAAGUUGAAUCUUCUCAUAGGGCAGGAACUGUCAUUUCUGUUUAAUUACAACACAGCUAGAUCAUUGGUGAUUCCUUCACAAUAUUGGUUGGUGAUAACACUGAGUAAAACAGUAUUCCAGUUAAUUUCUUAGUGAAUAAGCUAUAAAAAUGAGAGAUAAUGCAAUUCUUAAAGAUUGUAGGUUCAUAACCUUUACAACCUCUCCCUACUGCUCCCAGCCCCUGGUAACUUUUCUGUUGUUUCCAUGAGUUGUUAAAAUUUUUAAGAUUCCCCAUAUAAAUCAUUGCAGUAAGACUUUCAGCUUUAAGAUGAAUAAGGGCCGAGGAUCUAGUAUAUAAUGUGGUGACUGUAGGUCUGAGGAUCUAAUAUAUAACAAUUGCAUUAUAUAAUUGAAAUUUGCUGAGAGAACUUAAAUGUUCAUGUGUGUAUGGUGAUGGAUGUGAUAACUAGAUGGGGGAAUCUUCACAAUGUGUAUGUGUAUAUGUAUAUAUAUAUAAUCACAAUGUACAUUUUAAAUAUCUUACAAUUUUUAUGUAUAUCUUACAAAUUUAUAUAACUUGUCAACUGUACCUCCAGAAAGCUGAAAAAUAAAAAUUACACAAGAAUGUAGAUUCACUUCUAGGGCAUUUCCUAAUGGUGUUAAAAAUAAGAUCAUCUGUCUCGUUUCAUAAAAAUAAAUGACUUUUGUGAAAUAGA